CAAGACCCAACUGUCCCUUGAAAACUGCUGUACAAUUAUUAAUUAUACAUACAACCUCGAACUCGUUUAACACCCAACACAGAUCUUAUCAAACGUGUAAUCAUAAAUCCUAAACAUGAUAUUAAUCUUUACAUUUGCUAGUACUACUGUAUACGAAUGCACUUAAUCUUAAGCUGGACUUCGUAUUAGUCUGACUGAAACAGUAAUAUUUUGAGUAAAUAAUUAUUCGAACGAAUAAUUUGAUAGUUAUCAAUACGAUCCAAGUGUUCGAUUCACAUUAAAAAAAACCUUGCGUUGUCAAAGUUUUUCAUUAAUGAAGUUAGGAAUAAAUAAACAAUGAAAUUCGCUAGUUUAAAUUUAAUAGUUUGCACUUUUAUAAUACCAUCGAUGGCCUUCAAGCUUAAUGUGUUCCACGAAAUCGAUCAUUAUUCUCAGUUCAUAUUGGAUAUUCAGAAUUUUCAUAAAACGAGUAGUGUGAUCGUUAUCCACAGCAGUAUUGAAAAAGACUUAUUUUCAAAUACGUCGAUUUGGAGCUUACUACAUCGCUUCUCUACACGCCGUAUUUUCUCCCAAGCGAUAUCAUUAGAGGACAUGAACACAAAAUACGAUCCGACUUUCUCAACAUAUUCGUGACAAUUAUUCACCGUAUUUAUAAAAUCAGAAGAAGAUUUGAAAUUAUUCGAAAAUUUCGCGAAUGCAAACCCACUAUCACCUCACGUGUGGCUCAUAAUCUUCGGUGGUUCACCGCAAACCUUGCGAAACUUCUGCGAAAAUCCACAAAAAAACAGUUUUAAUUUAGACGUCGAUACCAUGAUGCUAAUUCGAUGCUACGACAGCCCAAUGAUUCGCGAGUGGUAUUCUAUCAAAUCAAGGACAGAGGUCAAAAGUUUCGACUUGUUCGAAUGGACUUUAAAACGUGGUUUGAUAUUAAAAUCAGAUCGACAGCUUUACCAGAGACGAAGUGAUUUCGGAGGAGCAGAACUUAAAUUAGCGGCUAUUAAGGAGGGCAAAAGUGGACCGACAAUAAGCAACGGAAAGAUCUCCAAUAUCGACGUCUUCCAGCACAUGAUGCUCGAGGUUCUCCAGCAAAUGAACUUCACUUUCCAGCUCCUGCUGGCUGUCGACACUUUUGGCUCUUGGGACAAAACGGCGAACAGAUGGACGGGGCUUCUCGACAAAAUCGACUCGGGCGAAGUCGACGUGCCGUUCACCGAAUUCACUAUACUGAAGGACAGAGCUGAGUAUUUCGAUUAUACCUGGGCUAUUUCGAUGCCGAGGAAUUCGCUGUAUAUUAGGGAGCCUGAAAUGAAUAACUUCAAGUGGAAGGCUUAUUUGAGGGCAUUUAGUUCCGACGUGUGGAUUUCGUUAGGAGCGUUAUUAUUAGCUUCAUCGAUUAUGCUAUACUACAUGAAAGUGAAAAUCGAAAAGACAAAUUUAAUGGGAAAUAGCUUCAUGAAAAAUGUGCUGCAAGUUUGGGGUAUCUAUUGCCAGCAAGGAAUACCAAAUUUUCCACGAGCAUCGUCCCUUCGAACUGCCAUCGUAUUUUUAUUCUUUUCCCAAAUAAUAAUCAUAGCUAUUUACUCAGCGUUUAUAAUCAGUGAUCUAACGACGCUGUCGACGACUUUGCCAUUUGAAACAUUAUCUGAAUUCGUAGAGGACGGAUCUUAUAAGCUGACGAUUCUUCGCAACAGUGCUGAAGAAAUCAUGUUUUCCACUUCACAAGAUCCUGUUUACUCUAAAAUGAGCAAAAUGUUGAAGCCCCAUAACGAAUUGCCGGUUAGUGGUAUAGAAGCUUUCCGUCAGCUUUGUAACGAAAAACUUGCCUUUUACGGGGAAGAAAACAAAGUGAAGAAAAUCAGCACUAGCGAGUAUCCAUGUAAAUUGACAAUGGUAUUCACGAAUAAAAAUCGUUUCAUGGGCUUUCCAUUAGCUAAAAAUAAUCCACUGAGGGAUUUCAUGAACUAUUAUAUUCAGAGAUUUAAAGAAAAUGGAAUUAUGAACCGAAUAAAAAAUAUGCAUGCACAGACACAUGACAACACAGUCAAUGGAUUCCACCCCGUUGAAUUUUCCGAUAUCAGUGUCGCGUUGGCAAUUUUAUUUCUGGGCUUUGUCUUUAGUAUUCUCUUGUUUUUAUUAGAGCAAAUGCAAUACAGAAUUCGCAUUUGCAAAAAUUCAGGAUACACUGUCGUAUAAGGAUUGAAAAUGAAAUAAAUAAUUUUACCAGUA